AUGGCGAAGUUGGUUCUGAAAGCUGGAAGCAGGCCUCCGUGGGUGGGACUAGCAGCUGCAGUUUGGAUUCAAAUAGCUGCUGGUAAUGCAUACAACUUCCCUCUCUACUCAUCUGCUCUGAAAUCUGUGUUGGGUCUAAAUCAACAACAAGUGACUAUUCUUGGAGUGGCAAAUGAUGUUGGAGAGAAUUUGAGUUUGUUUCCUGGUAUUGCCUGCAACAAGUUCCCUCCUUGGGCUUUGCUUCUUGUUGGUUCUGUCCUUUGUUUCUUUGGUUAUGGUCUUAUCUGGCUUGCUGUUACCCAAACUGUUUCCAACUUGCCCUAUCUUCUGUUAUGGCUUGCACUUUGCGUUGCCACGAACAGCAACGCAUGGUUUGGGACAGCCGUGCUUGUAACCAACAUGAGAAACUUUCCUCUCAGUAGAGGCACAAUCUCUGGCAUUCUCAAAGGUUAUGUAGGGAUUAGUGCGUCAGUAUAUACAUUAAUAUAUAGCAUUUUGCUAAAUGGUUCUGCUUCUAAAUUACUCUUGUUUCUAGCUAUUGGAGUUUCUACUGUGUGUUUAGUUUUGAUGUACUUCAUUAGGCCGUGUACUCCUCCUUCUGGUGAAGACUCUUCUGUUCAUGUCCAUUUUAUUUUUACACAAGCUUCAAGUAUUUUACUUGCUACAUAUCUAGUUAUAACUACAAUACUAAGCGACACCGUUUCAUUUAUUGAUUCUGUUUCCUACAUCUUAGUUUCCAUAAUGAUUAUACUUAUGAUAACUCCUCUUGCAAUUCCUUUGAAAAUGACUCUAUUUCCUGCAACACCAAAAAGCAAUGUUCUUAUGGUUGAUUCUCCUGAUGUUUCAACACAAACAAGUCCGUUGAUUGCGUCUUCAUCCACUUCGGUUGCAUAUGUUGGAAGUUUUUAUGAAAAUGAGGAUGCUUCUUCGGAUGUUGAGAUACUAAUUGCAGAAGGGGAAGGGGCAGUGAGGAAGAAAAGGAGACCGAAAAGAGGAGAUGAUUUUAAGUUCAAAGAAGCUAUACUCAAGGCUGAUUUCUGGCUACUUUGGUUUGCUUACUCUUUAGGCGUUGGCUCGGGAAUAACUGUUCUCAAUAAUUUGGCUCAAAUUGGAAUUUCUUUGGGUGUAGAAGAUACCACCACAUUGCUUUCGGUCUUCAGUUUUUGCAAUUUUAUUGGUCGUCUCGGUGCUGGUGCUGUCUCUGAACACUUUGUUAGGUUGAAAACACUGCCUAGAACAUUUUGGAUGUCAAUUACACAAGUCAUUAUGAUCAUAGGAUUUUUGCUUUAUGCUUCAGCUCUAGAUGGAACUCUUUAUGCUGCAACCGCUUUACUUGGAAUGUGCUAUGGAGUUCAGUAUUCUAUAAUGGUUGCAACAGUUUCUGAGCUAUUUGGUUUGAAGCAUUUUGGUGUAAUUAGCAGUUUCAUGAUGCUAGGAAAUCCAAUUGGUGCACUUCUUUUUUCUGUUUUCCUUGCGGCAAAUUUGUAUGAUACAGAAGCUUCAAAACAAGGAAACUCUACUUGCUAUGGUGCAAAUUGCUUCCGAAUCACUUUUCUGGUUUUGGCUUGUGUAUGUGGAAUUGGUACCAUUUUGAGUAUAAUUUUGACAGUUAGAAUAAGACCGGUAUAUCAAAUGCUGUACGCAAGCGGUUCGUUUCGUCUAUCCCGUACUUCAAAUCAAUGA